CUCAAAAUGACAACCUUAAACAUGGCCUUCAUCCUCCUGGCACUUCUGAUCGGUGCCUCCGCCAUUCCCGGCGGCGCGGCGGUGGACUACACCGUCACCAACAACGCCGGGACCACGCCGGGCGGCGCCCGGUUCAACACCGACAUCGGCGAGGACUACACCCGCCAGACCAUGGAAGCCGCCACCAACUUCAUCUGGGACAUCUUCCAGCAGACCGACCCGGCGGACAGGAAGAACGUCGACAUAGUCAAAGUUUUCAUCGACGAAAAGAUCCCUUACAUCGCCUACACCAGCGGCAAUGAAAUCCACUUCGACUCCGGCUACGUAAACGGCAUCGCCGGGGACGUCCGGCGGGACUUCGCCGGCGUGUUGUACCACGAGAUGACGCACGUUUGGCAGUGGGGCGGCCCCUCUGGGGUGAUCGAGGGAAUAGCCGAUUUCGUGCGGCUCAAAGCCGACUACGCGCCGAGCCACUGGAAGGGCCCCGGGGAGGGUACCAAUUGGGACGAUGGGUACGACGUGACGGCGAGGUUUCUGGACUACUGUAAUGAGCUCCGGAGCGGCUUCGUGGCUGAGCUGAACAAGAAGAUGAGGAACGGCUACAGUGACAUCUACUUCGAGGACCUUCUCGGAAAGCCGGUCGGUGUUCUCUGGUCGGAUUACAAAGCUAAAUAUGGCAACCCUUAGAUUGCCCGACCCGACCCGGCCCACGAACUCACAUUAAUAAUAAUAAUAAUAAUAAUAAUAAUGUUUUGUUUGAGUUUAUACUAAGAAAAAGGUACUCCUUUCCGAAUUAUUUAUGUCACUUUCAUUAAACAUUGUAAGCGGAAUUAAGAAGGGACUUUGAC